AUGACCUCUCCAUGCACACUAUUCUUCCUUAUGCCCCCCUCGCUUCUAGCGCUUGUCUCGCACGCCUUCGCCGCCAACAGCCAGCCCUUCCCGAUAGCCAUCAAACGGCAACUACCCGACGCCAACGAAAAAAUCCUCGCCCAGCAUUUGGCUUUUGCGCCCCUCCUGCAACCUGCAUCCGUCAUCCUCCGAGAUCCACGUCUUCAGCAUCAGCAUCAACAUCAACGUGGCGGCCAAGAUGAACCAGAGAGUGGCGUCAGUCGAUUUUGCCCAGCCUUUGCGCAACACAUCGGCGAAGCUGGAACAUUUCCAGCACUGGCGCUGCCAAGGGCGGCGGCAGCCCAAGCCCUACGCCUGUUCCAGAACAGAGCAGCCUGUCCCUCGGGCAUGAAUAGCUGCGGGGACUCGGGCUCACCAAACAAGUGCUGUCCGCAAGGAACGUAUUGCGCCGCCGUGCCUGACACUGACGUGGGUCACGUCGCAUGCUGCCCCAAUGGAUCGACGUGUGGCGGCGGCGUGGGAACCUGCCCGCCAGAUGCUACUAGCUGUCCCGCGGCUCUUGGCGGCGGCUGCUGCAUACCUGGAUUUGUGUGCCAAGGCGUCGGGUGCGUCCCUAGUGCUUCGGCAAACCCGACGACACCAAGUCGAGCAAGUCCGUCUCAAGAAACGGUUACAUCAACAAAGACAACAUUUGUGGGUGGCAAUCCAACCACAGUCGUCGUCACCGUAACCAGGACGGCCUUGCCAGAUGUCACAACGCGGACCACUACCCAAGUAGUUACACCUACCAGCACCGAGAUUGACACCAUCACAACUACCGGCAGCGGUACUGCUGCUGCUACUGCUACUGGCAACCCCCCAUGGCGGCCAACUGGCCCGCCCGAGACUCCUUCAGCCCCUGACAGCAUGCCGCCUACGCAGACGGGCUGCCCGACAGGUUUCUAUGGUUGCCUUGCCACUCAUGGCGGAGGUUGUUGCCGUACAGAUCGAGACUGUCGGACCUAUUCGUGUCCGGCUCCAUCAUCAACGACCGUCAUCUCUGAUGGAGUUACAAUCGUUAUUCCGGCUACUACAGACAUGCCAACCUCUACAGAAAGCGCCGCAUGCGCCAACGGGUGGUUCAUGUGCGGCGCGGAUGCUGGACCUUUGGCGGGUUGUUGUCCCUCCGGAUAUCAGUGCGGCACAGCAAGCUGCUUCACGGCUGGAGCUACCGAGACUGGUAAAGUGCAGAAACAAGCUCCCCACCAGUCAUCAUGUUCAAAAAGGGUUGAAAAGCUCUGGAAUGUGUCGUGGAGCUUAGCUGGUACGAUUUUCCUCGUGAGCAUCAUGACCAUCUAG